ACGGAACUGUCACCUUCUGAAUUGCGCGGAAUUUGUUUGUAUUGUCUCGAAAACAAGCAUCUCCUCUUUUGUGGUUUCGAUUUUAGUGUCGUAAUACGCGAUAAAGCAGGAAAUUUAUGUGCUCUGUGUUCCUAUUGUUUUACCCUCUUACUCUGCUAAAUACCGAAACAUUUGUUAAUCAGCGUGAAAACGUCUAGAAUCGAGGAGCGUAAUUUAGUUAAAAAGGAUAAUCAUGUCCAUGGAUAUUCGUUCAUUUUUCGGCCGUGGAGCGAAACCACCCAAAGCCCCGGAAUCGCCUAAGCCUUCCAAUGCCAAAAGGAAGGCUGUAAUUAUUAGCGACGAUGAAGAUGACCCCAAAACUUCGCCCCGUUCUUCAAAACAGGCUGUGAAGGACGGCUCAUCAAGUAGCGCCGGUGCGCUGAAGAAGCGGCGUGUUAUUGAUUCUGACGAGGAAGAAAAAAGUCCUGCAAAGAAAAAAGUUGCGACUGCUAAACCUAAAUUAGAAAAGCUAAACCCAGUAAAUGUGUCGGACAUUUUUAGUUCGGAACCGGUGAAGCGUGUGGAGUUGCCAAAGAUUCCUAAAAGGAAACCACUCGAGACAGCCGAACAGCUGACGUUGGACGAGGAAGAUGAUGUUAUACCGGUGAGUCCGCAGCCUGAUAAGAAUAUGGUAAGGAAAGAUAGAAAUGGAAACGAAUCAAGUGCUAAGGGCACACCGGAAAAGCCAAGCCUGGUAUCGGUGCUGGAAAAGGCAAAGGUAACGUCUCCGGAAAAGAAAGCUGUAAAGAAGGAGAUAAAUGACGCAGCCGAUAUUAGAUUGAAGAAAAGUCCUGCAAAACAAAAAUCUCUCGAACAGCAGUCGCCUGGUGGGGGAAAAGUCAACACCAAGGCAGGGAAAAUGAAUGACAGCACUGUCCCAGAUUACAAAGACCUAAACGAAUCUAUUCUUACCGAUGAGGAGCGUCAUGAGCGUAAAAGAUUGUCGGCUAUUUUAUAUCAGAAGUUUAAGAACCGUCAAGGUCCGGCCAAUCCAGGCUCGAAGGAGAUUCCCGAGGGAAAGCCAAACUGUUUGCAGGGUAUGCAGUUCGUUAUAACCGGUGUGCUGGAGUCUAUGGAACGAGAUGAGUGCGCUCAGGUCAUUAAGGACCUUGGAGGCAAAGUGGUCGGUGCAGUGUCGAAAAAGUGCACGCACAUGGUUGUUGGAGAUGAUGCCGGACCGAAGAAGAUCGCUCAGGCUGAAGAUUUUGGAAUUGUAACGCUAAGUGAAGAUGAUCUUUUGGAUCUGAUAAGGGUGAAGUCCGGCCAGAAACCGAUGAAGAAGUAUAGCGUAGUAAAACCAACGAAGGAAGCGGAGAGCAGAAGUAGUAUCAAACGAAACGAAUCUCCGAGUGAAGUAAAAGAGACGAAAAAAAUUAAAACGGAACAAAUGCCAAAUACACAAUCGCCUGGCAAAUUCGAGAGAGGUUCAAUUGAAGUAAAAGUGGAAAAAUCGCCAAAUGCACAUUCGCCUCGAAAAUCCGCCAAUUUGAAGGAAUCCAUUAUGGUAAAGGAAGAAAAAUCACCCAUCAAAAAGCAGUCUGCGGAAAUGACAAAAAUUUCCCCGCGUAAGACGACCGAACGCGCAACACCUGCAAGCUUCAUGAAACCUGAGUUAACUAACUACCAAAAGGACAUUACAAGUAUCGAUAAUAUGGCUUGGGUGGACAAGUAUAAGCCUACCAGUACGAAGCAGAUCAUUGGACAGUUGGGUGCGAACAGUAACGUUCAAAAGUUGACCGUGUGGCUGUCGAGCUGGUACAAGAACAAUGAUGGCACCAAGAAACACGCCAAACCGAAUCCGUGGGCAAAGAAUGAUACCGGAGCAGCCUUUAAAGCCGCUUUGCUGUCUGGGCCACCUGGAGUGGGUAAGACUACUACGGCAACGUUGGUGUGUAAAGAGCUGGGCUUCGAUACGGUAGAAUUCAAUGCAUCGGACACACGCAGCAAGCGGCUGUUGAAGCAAGAGGUUUCGGAGCUGUUGAACACUAAGUCCCUGGCUGGGUAUUUCGGUGGUAGAGGCGACAAGGUUUCUAGCAAGCACGUGCUGCUGAUGGACGAGGUGGACGGUAUGGCGGGCAAUGAGGACCGUGGCGGUAUGCAGGAGCUGAUCGCGUUGAUAAAGGAGAGCCAUAUUCCGAUCAUCUGUAUGUGCAACGACCGCAACCACCCGAAGAUAAGGUCGCUUGUUAACUACUGUUUCGAUUUGCGCUUCACUCGACCACGUGUUGAGCAAAUCAAAGGAGCCAUGAUGUCCGUGUGCUUCAAGGAACAGUUGAAAUUAUCUCCGGGCGUGCUGGAAGAGAUCAUUGCCGGAACGGGAGGUGACGUACGGCAAACGUUGAAUCACCUGGCGCUGUACAGUGCAGGGAAAUCAGUGGCCGCAUCCAUAUCGGUAGAUACAGCGAAGAAGCAAGCAAAUUCUGCUAAGAAAGACAUUAAAAUUGGCCCGUGGGAUGUGAUCCGGAAAGUGUUUUCGGCCGAGGAUCAUAAGAAUAUGACGCUUAACGAUAAGGCAGAUUUGUUUUUCCACGAUUACAACAUUGCGCCGCUCUUUGUGCAAGAGAACUAUCUAAAGGUUCAACCGAAGGCACCCAGAACGGAGUGGUUGGACCGUAUUGCAAUGACGGCGGAUAGUUUAAGCCGUGGCGAUAUGGUAGAACGCAGGAUCAGAUCGAACAUGGCGUGGACGUUGCUGCCGGUGCAAGCUAUGUUCAGCUCGGUUAUGCCGGGAGAGUUCAUGGAGGGAAACUUUACUGGGCAAAUCAAUUUUCCGGGAUGGUUGGGGAAAAAUUCCAAAUCAACCAAACGUAAACGAUUGGCGCAAGAAAUACAUGAUCACACCAGGGUAGCUACUUCUGGGUCUAGGCUAGCCAUACGGCUCGACUAUGCACCACAUUUGUUACGCUCGAUCGUGCAGCCUCUGCAGAUGCGUGGUACAGAAGGAGUUCACGAUUCGCUGGAAGUGAUCAAAGAUUAUCGCCUUCUGCGUGAAGACAUUGAUUCGCUAGUGGAGUUAAGCACGUGGCCGAAACGUAAAAGUCUGCUGGAUGCGGUCGAUGGCAAAGUAAAAGCUGCCUUGACUCGGGCUUACAACAAGGUUAUUGCUCCGUAUUCCUAUUCCGCUAUGGCGACAGUGAAAAAGAAGGCUCACACUGCUGAACAGGAAGAAAUGGAGGGUCUGUACGAAGCGGAAGGAGAGCAGGAUGGCGUUGCGAAUGUGGAUUCAGAUGCAGAGGAAAACGAAGAUAAGAUCGAUGAUAAUGCUUUUAUCAAGAUAAAGAAGAAACCAGUCGCAGCAGCGAUCGCUAAGGCCAGCACAUCCAAAGCCACCGGUGCAAAGGGUAAGAAAAAAUAAGCUGUUUGUCAGGCAUAGAAUCGCGAGACACUUGCGAUGGAAAUUAAACAUAAAAAAGCCAAUUUUUCAAAACAUUGUAAAUCAAUAAUACUUAUUAUCUUUUCCAACAACAGUUACUCACAGGCGAGGUUGAGAAAAUUGAAUUAGAAAAGUAUUUUUUAUCACAAUUAUUCCUGCGAGUGUAAACUACACUGGGUAAUCAAUUUAAACAGCCACAGAGUUGCUAUUAUGAACAGAGUUUAUAGCAUAAUUAUGCAGUUGAAUUCGGAAACAAAUACCUGGGAAUCAAAUAUAAAUCGAAAAUAAAAACUGAAACAUAAAUCGUA